CAAGUUUGAGAAGCACAUGUCAGCUGCACUCACAGCUUUUACACUUUUACAAAGACGACACAGUUCAGACUCAGCCGAAGCUCAUGGAGAUGGGAGAAAGGAUGCUUCACAGGAACCUGCUGCAGGCUGCUUGGCUGUGUUGGCUGUUGGCUGUUCAGGUGCACAGCUGUCCAGAUACCUGCAGCAAGUGUUCAGGCCCAGAAAACGACCAGUGUGAGGAAUGCAGAGCGGGAUGGACACUCCAUAAUAACAUCUGUGUAGACGUCGAUGAGUGUGGCACCGAGCUGGGUAUCUGUCCUACAAACAGUUACUGCUUCAAUACGGAUGGAUCAUUUGAUUGCCGAGACUGUUCCCCGGCCUGUGUGGGCUGUAUGGGUAGCGGACCAGCACGCUGCAGGAAAUGUGCCUCUGGAUUCACACUGACAGGGUCCAAGUGUGUGGAUGUAGAUGAAUGUAGUGACAGGGUACUGGCCUGUCAUGGUCUGGAUGAGAUUUGUACCAACACAGAGGGCUCUUUCCGCUGUGACUGUGCUAAAGGCUUCUUCCAUAAGGAUGCUGUCUGUGUGAAGAAGCAGCAUCCUAGUGUUCAAGAGAAAGGUCUGUUUGAGGAUAUCCAGGACGACGAGUUGGAGGUGCUGCAGCAGAUGCUCUUCGGGGUGGUGCUGUGUGCUCUGGCCACAUUGGCUGCGAAGGGAGAUUUGGUCUACACAUCUGUAUUCAUGGGAGCAUUGGCCGCCAUGGCAGGGCACUGGCUAUCUGACAGGGGAGACCGGUUAUUAGGCGGCUUCCUAAAGGGACGUUAAAGCUUCAAAGUGUUGCAAAAGGACUUUCAUGAGCCACUGCUCGGCAAGGCCCUAACAAUCAUAGUUCAGACAAAGCAGAUGAAUCGUGUGCCUUUACUUGUAUAAUAGACAAAAGUUAUUGAUAUGAAGUUAGCUUCAGCUUUCAAACGUCAUUCUGUAAUAUCACAGAGCUGUGCAAAAUGAGUGGGAAAAUCGAUUCUUGACCUUUUAAAAGCCAGUUUGACAAAGUUUCAUUCAAGGUGCACUUACCAGCUUCGUCUGGAGCUUUUCAACUAUUUCACUGUCUUCCUCGGUAGAUUGAGUUUGCUUUGUUGUCACAGACUCCAAUCAUUGAUGAAAACCGUUAGAUGCUUUUGAAAUCAGUUAAAGCGUCAGGCUUAUUGUCCAAAGAGAAAGAAACGUGCUGAGAUCGUCUCCUGCUUUUCAUGUUUUUUAAGCAGCCAUCUUGUUCUGUUCUUGUUCAUUUGGAGCCACCAAUGCACAAUGUUGUCAUUUGGAGCUUGAUUAAAGAGGAAUAUACA